AUGGAAACAUUGGAACUCACUGAAGAGGAUGGCAACGGUAAAAAAGAUUCGAACUACUCCUACUUAGCGCUUAACGUAAUGUUAAAUGAGGUACUAGUAGACAUCGUCCAGUCCUCGUUAGCUUAUAAACUAGUGAAACUGGAAUGUCUCCCCAACGCUCGAUAUAUUCGCAAUGCUACAUGCGCCAUAAAGGCUGUCAAUCGCUACCGUUCACUCGCCAAUAUGGAAUGUGACAUUGUCGAUCGCUUACAGAAUGUUUCGCUCAACUUGGAGAUUUUCCAGCGAAACACCGCUAAUCACUUCAAACCGUUUCUUGUCAAUGUAACCACCAAUGUUUGUAAAAUUUUUGAUAGACAAAGUUUUGAUGCCUACGCAACAAUAGUUGCGAAAAUUCUCAAAGAUGUGUCGAAUGUCAAUCACACUUGUCCAUAUAUGAACCAUCUGAUUGUGAAAAAUCUGCUUUUGGAGGCCAGAUACCUACCCAUUGUACCGCCUUUGGGAUUCUACAAGCUCGUUUUGCACUUCCUCGAAGGUUUUCCCUACGAUGAUGUAGGUUCCGUUAUACUGUACGUGCAAAUAACUGAAGUAAAGGAAUUUAAAGCACUUACAAGAGUGCCCAAGUUCCGGCAGCUAUAA